CCACAACUAUGAGGUCAUCUGGUUGUGUUUCACAGCAACGCUCGUCACGGUGAUGUAUAACAGAAACUAUGCUGUGUGCGUAGUGACAGAGCUGCACAGCUGGGGACGACGAUCUGGGCUCUGUGGGAGGAAAACAAAUGGCUGGGUGACGGUGUUUGAAGUGCUGCUGUGUCAGCACCUGGCAGCUGUAAUCGUCAUCUUCGUAUUGCAUGCUCGGAUCAAGUUCCCAGUCGACUACCCGUACUCUCCACCUGCUUUCCGCUUCCUCACCAAAAUGUGGCACCCCAACAUUUAUGAGAACGGAGACGUAUGCAUCUCUAUCCUGCACCCACCAGUGGACGACCCACAGAGCGGGGAGUUGCCCUCAGAGAGGUGGAACCCCACGCAGAACGUCAGGACCAUCCUGCUCAGCGUGAUCUCUCUGCUGAACGAGCCCAACACCUUCUCCCCGGCCAACGUGGACGCAUCCGUCAUGUACCGCAAGUGGAGGGACAGCAAGGGCAAGGACAGAGAAUACAUCGAGAUCAUCAGGAAGCAGGUGCUGGCUACCAAAGCUGACGCGGAGCGGGACGGCGUCAAGGUUCCCGUCACCUUGGACGAGUACUGCGUCCGCACCCAAGUCCCGCCCACAGACGACGGCUCCAACCUCUUAUACGAUGACUACUACGACGACGAGGAACUGGAGGACGACGACGAGGACGACAACGAGGACUGUUGCUACGACGAGGAUGACUCGGGCACGGAGGACUCCUGACCUCGUCUCCCCCGUGAUGUCACCUGCCCCUGACCAGACCCUGCCCCUGACCAGACCCCUCCCCCCCUCCGCCCCUCACACCUCCCUCUCUCGUAAUGGACUGAACUUUAAUUCUCUGCCCCCUCUUCUUCCCGAAUCCCGCCAACCCCUCAUCGUCCUCACUUAGCACAGGCCUCCCUGCUCACCUUCUGUCACAUGUGCAGUCACAGUAUGCACACUAAAACCUGAUGCAUCGAAGAAGACAAAGCUACAGAGUUGUUGUUUUUGUUUGUUUCUUACAUGUUUCUUUUUAUUUUUUACUUUGUUGUCUGAGUAGAGGUUGCACACAUGAUGCGCACACACACAGCAGCACAACUCACAGUAAUAGUACCGAGAACUGGUUUAAAUUUCCUUAAAAGCGUUUUAGCUCCAAGACCUACUUCUUGGUUAAGGGAUGCUCCCGCCUUUUUUCUCAACCAUCAUCAGCAGGGUGGAAUGUAACGUCACAGGUCAGAUCAGAGUACAACAAGCGCAGAGCUUUAGCAAAGGAAGUUCAUUCAGGAAAAUAGGCAUAUGUGUGUUUUUGAAAAAGCUGAGUCACUUCCGACUCUGAGCCAUGUUUGUUUGUGUGUGUGUGUGGGUGUGUGUGUGUGUGUGUGUGUGUGUGUGUGUGUGUCUAGUGGGG